GUGUUGCGUUUUGGUAAAUACAGAGAUGUGGCAGAAUGUGGGCCUCAGCAGGAGAUUGAUUUGAAUUCCUCACAAACAGUUGCCUCGGAGAGACAGACCUUCUACUGUGUUCCAGUGCCUGGGGAAUCAGCAUGGGUGAAAGAAGCAUACAUUAGUGCCAGCCAAGCUCGAGUUAGUCCUUCAACAUCCUACACACCAAGUCGCCACAAGAGGAGCUAUGAGGAGGAUGAGGAUAUGGAUCUACAUCCAUCGAAACAGAAGGAGCAACAUAUGGGCAGUGGAGGUGAUAUCCAUGGAUGUGUGGAGCCAAAGAGAUUAGAAACAGAAGCUUCUGCAGGUCAUCAUCUCAUUUCUCCCAACUGCUCCCCUCCACUUGACCUGAAUUUCCCAUUGCCAGGAGAGAAAGGACCAGCAUGUCUUGUAAAGGUCUAUGAGAGUUGGGAGAGCUUCAAAGUCAACGAUGUGCUGGAGGUGUAUGGCAUUUUGUCUGUGGAUCCAGUGCUGAGCAUAAUAAACAAUGAGGAGAGGGACUGCUCAGCCCUGGAUCCCAUGGAGUGUAUGGACACAGCAGAAGAACAGCGAGUUCACAGCCCUCCAGCCUCACUAGUGCCCAGAAUCCAUGUGAUUCUGGCACACAAGUUGCAACACAUUAACCCAUUGCUGCCUGCCUGCCUUAAUGAAGAGGAGAGUAAAACCUUUGUGUCUAAUUUCAUGUCUGAGCUGUCACCAGUGAGAGCAGAGUUGUUGGGGUUCCUCACCCAUGCCCUCUUGGGAGACAGUUUGGCUGCUGAGUACCUUAUAUUGCAUCUCAUCUCUACAGUUUAUGCAAGACGAGAUGUGCUUCCUCUGGGAAAAUUCACAGUCAACCUGAGUGGAUGUCCAAGGAACAGUGUCUUCACGGAGCAGAUAUACCGCAUCAUCCAGCAGCUGGUGCCAGCAUCCCAUCGGCUGCAGAUGACCAUCGAGAACAUGAACCACGCGCGGUUCAUCCCGCGCAAGGACUACGUGGCCAACCGCUUGGUCAGUGGAGUGCUGCAGCUGGCCAGCAACACCUCCCUGGUGGUAGAUGAGACUCUGCUUGAGCAAGGACAGCUUGACACGACAGGUGUCCAUAAUGUGACAGCACUGGGAAAUCUGAUCACCUGGCAGAAGGUGGAUUAUGACUUCAAUUACCACCGGAUGGAAUUCCCAUGCAACAUUAAUGUCCUGAUCACUUCAGAGGGACGAUCACUCCUACCGUCAGAUUGCCAAAUCCACUUACAACCCCAGAUAAUUCCACCAAACAUGGAGGAGUACAUGAACAGCCUCCUGACAGCACUGCUCCCCUCUGUGCUGAACAAAUUUCGGAUCUAUCUGAGUCUGUUGAGGCUGCUGGACUACAGCAUAUCUGAUGAAGUGACCAAGGCAGUAGAAGAAGACUUUGUAGAAAUGCGCAAGAACGACCCUGAGAGCAUCACGGCCGACGACCUGCACAAAACUCUGCUCGUGGCAAGGUUCCUGUCACUCAGCGUGGGGCAGACGACGCUGUCCAGGGAGAGGUGGCUGAGGGCAAAACAACUGGAGGCUCUACGUAAAGCCAGGCUGCAGCAGCAGAAAUGUGUUAAUGGGAAUGAACUUUAAUAUUUGGUGGAUGUCACUAUGAAAAAUUUGCCUAAUCCUAGAUGGAACCCAUACUAAGAUUGGAAUAUUGUUUAUACCAGUUUUUGUAGAUAAUUUAUACCAAAAAGUUAUGGAUAUUUACCCUUGCAGUCUGAACACACUUAACUCUGUUCAGCCAGUUAAACAUAUUUUAUGGAAUUUUUUUGGACCCUGUUUUGUAAUUGAAAAUUGGUAACAAUGAGCAAAUUGUUUGAUAUUAAACUUUAAUACUGAA